AUGAAGGAUGUAUCCACUAUUAGUGGAUUGAUGGGUUCAUACCUUUUGAAAGGAUGGAUAAUGUUGGGUGAUGCUUGCCCAUCUUGUGAAGAAGUACCUUUAUUAGAAGAUCCUUCAAAUGGAUUAAAGUACUGUAUGAAAUGUUCUCCACCAAUGACAUCUGCUAGAAAUUCAAAUAGUAAAUUAGCUGAAACACUAGGUAACGAAGGAAAACUCAGCUCACUUGCAAAUGAGUUAAUUUGUAACAGGGAAAAUGGUAAAACAAUAUUUAAAGACGCACUCAAAGAAAAUAUUAGCUAUAUGAUAGUCGAAAUUUCAAAGAUGGGCACGAAUGCAUUAAGUAAUGCAGAUUUAACUAUUGAGAAGAGGUAA